UUUCUCCAGCCCCUCGCCCCCUUCUCUCCUUUCUUCCCCACCCUGGUGCUACGCAGGCGCAGAAGGAUAGCGGCUGCAGAUCUGCGGCAAACAGGCAGUAUCGCAGUGGAGAAGUUUUGCGCAGGCGUACCCCGGUACUCAGACUCCCUCCUCUUCCCCUCCACCUCCCGCCCAGCCUUUGCUCAGGCGCUGAAGGAGCUUGGCUGCGGAUCUAUUGCGGCAGAUUGAAGGUGCGGUCGGGCAAUGAAGAAUCUGCGCAGACUCACACCAGCGCUCCCUCCCAAUCCAUUUCUACCAGGCUACACGCAGACGCAGAAGGCAAGUUACUGCGGCCGACUGAAAGCGAGGAUGUAGCGGGGAAACUGAUACGCAGGCGCAGUCCAGCAAUCUCGCCCCUCUUCCUUCGCCCCAGGCCCUGCGCAGGCGCAGGAAGGGACCUGUGUUGGCUUUGCUGUCAGAGAUUGGGGCUGGCCUCAAUUCUGCUGGUGGUCUGGGGCUGAGUGCUGAGGGUAUUCAUCCACCGGAGAAGGUGUGGGAGGCAGGGCCCCGGGUUCUCGUGGUCUUGACUGGGAAAGGGUCUGCUAGGAGGCGAAGGGGGGGAGGGGGGGGACAGAGUUCCCGUUAACCAUUGCCGCCGCCGCCGCUUCUGCGAUCUUGGCGUUCGCGGCCCCCCUUCCCCCUUCCCCAUCCCCCUCCACCCCCGUUGUCGCCGUCACCUCUGCUGGACCUUAGCGUUCGCCCCCAUCCCCCUUCGGUGCUUGCCGCCUCUGCAGGGGUUUGGAGUUUGCGACCCCACCCCCUUCGGUGCCCGCCGCCUCCGUCGCGGCUUGGCGGUCGCUAUCCUCCCCCCAUCCCUCGUUGCCGCCGCCAGUCCCCGCCGCCGACUCUAUCGGGGUUUGGCGUUAGCGGCUCCCUCCCUUCCCCCGUUGCCGCCGCCUGCGCCGCGGCUUGGCUUUCGGGGUCCCCAGUUGCGCCGCCGCUCGUGCCGGACUUUGUCGUUCUCGGACUCAACGCAGCUGCGCCUCCCUGAGCCGCCGCCGGGCUCUGAGGUAGGUCCGAACUUGGCCGUGCCGGACUAGAAAAGCCAAGCGAGGGUGGUCGGUGGGCGUGAAGGGGAAAGAGAUGGCUUGGAGAGUCUGAGUGGACUCAGUAGGGCCGAAAAGAGGGGGCGGGAGAGAGUAGUGGCGCUUUGGGCAACCUUGGGGAGGAGAAGGAAAGAGAAGUGACUCGGGGAAGGCUCCUGUGUCGGGGACGAAAUGUCUAAGAGAAAAGAGGACGAUUUCCCCUCAACUUCAGAUAUGAAAAGGGCCAGACCGGGGCCAUCGUCGGGGCCCGCGCCGGGGCCCGCGCCAGGGCCAGGGUCAGGGGGAGAGGGGACCUCAGGAGAGGAGCCAGAGCGGGCUCCCCCCCAGAAUCCGUCCCUUGGAAGUUCUACUUCUCAUUCGGUCUCUGGGGAAUUUGGAGUCAUUGAAAGUAUUCAGCUUGAAAACUUUAUGGGCUAUACCAUGCUUGGACCUGUGAAAUUUGGAUCUAAUGUCAAUUUUAUGGUCGGAAACAGUGGCAAGAAUGCGUUGUUGUCUGCUCUUGUGGUUGGUCUUGGUGGAAAAUCGUUAGGCUCGUCUUUGAAAGAGUUUAUAAAUGAGGGAGAGGAUUCAGCCAACAUAUUGAUCACAUUAAGGAACAGAGGGGACUAUGCUUUUAAAGCCGAUCUUUACGGGGACUCCAUAACUGUGCACCAGCACAUCAGUGUGGAUGGGAGUGCGAGUUAUGAGCUAAAAAGCCAUUCAGGAAGCGUGGUUUCUUCUAAGAAAGAGGAUCUUAUUGCCAUUCUUGAACGUUUUAAGAUACAGGUAGAUAAUCCGGUGUCUAUUUUGCGGGAAGAGUUGAGCAGGCUGUUAAUGGAUACCAGAAAUGAUGGUGACAGAUAUAAAUUGUUUAUGAAAGCCACUGAGCUUGAACAGAUGAGGGAAGACUACUCACAAAUUAUGGAGAGAAAAGCCCGAAACCAGCAUCAGAUAGAACAAGGGGAAGAGCAGCUUGAGGAGCUCAAACGGCAGGGCAUAGAAAUAGAAGAGCAUUUUCAGAAUAUGGUUACCUUGAGGAAAAAAUUGGAGGACUUGAAAAACGAAAUGGCUUGGGCACUAGUGAAUAAAACUGAGAGAGAAAUCGAUAACAUAAUUGGUUGCAUAAAUAUUGGCGAUCAGCGUACUAUCAUACUGAAUCAGGAAUUGGAGGCUUCAAAGAUCAAAUUUAGUGAAGCAGAAAAGAAGUACAGAAUCAUUCAUGAGAACAUGCAUAAGUUAACUGAAGACGCUGCUGAAUUAGAGCCCCAGUGCAUUCAAGCUAAUGAGGAUGCCAUAAGAACAGACAGGGCCUAUUGUCAAGCAGAGGCUUUCUAUAAUUAUUCCGAAAAUGAAUUUAACAAACUAGACAAAGUCUCAGAGCAGCUUCAUAACCAAAUCGAUGAAAUGAAAAAGAAUUUAGAACUAGCAGAAUUGGAAAAACAGAACAAAAUCUCCAUGUUGAAGGAGAAGAUUAGGCACUUUAAGGAUCAGGAAGAUACACUUGUUGAAGAAAUAAAACAUCUUCAUCAAGCCAUAGAGAAAGAUGAUAAAGAGCAUUCUCAAAUCAGAGAACAAGAAUCCUAUAUACAACAAAUACUGAAUGAUGAACAAAGACAGCUAGACCAGUUGAGAGACUGUAAAUCUGAACCACUAAAACGAUUUGGACCCCAGAUUCCAGCCCUUCUUGAGGCUAUAGAAGAUGCCCAUAGACAAGGGCUUUUUACUUACAAACCUAUAGGCCCACUGGGAGCCUGUAUCCGUGUUCGGGACCCUGAAUUUGCUUUGGCUAUUGAGUCCUGCUUAAAGGGCCUCCUUCUUGCCUUUUUCUGUGACAACCACAAUGAUGAACAAAUCCUGCAGGGGCUGAUGAAAAAGUUUUAUCCAUCAGGCUCUUCACGACCACAGAUAAUCAUUUCAGCAUUUAAUUGCGAGGUUUAUGAUGUAACAAAUAGAAUGGCUUAUCACCCAGAAUUUCCAACAGUUCUCGCUGCUUUAGAAAUAGACAGUGCAGUGGUGGUGAAUACUUUGAUUGACAUGAAGGGCGUAGAGUCAAUACUGCUUAUUAAAAGCAAAGCUUUGGCUUGCACUGUGAUGCAGGCUCAGAGACCCCCCAAGAACUGCAUCAAAGUUUUAACUGCUGAUGGUGACCAUGUAUUUCAACGCCACUAUUAUUCAUGUGAAGAAUUGAGACCACUUUACUUGGGUGAUAUAGAAAUGGAAAUAAGUAAUUUGGAGAAAGCUGUGGAAAAUAAAAUAGAACAGUUGUCAGCAUUUCAGGAACAUGUGUGUUCACUUGAAAAGGAUGUCAGAAAGAAUAGAGAAACUAUUGAUAGUCAUUAUCAAGAUUUAAAAGAGAUAAAGAUUAAAGUAAUAAGUUUCACUUCAGAAAUAAAAGAUCUUGAGGAUGAAGAACAACACCAGUCGAUUGAUAUCUCAAUUCUGGAGGAAGAAGCUCAAGAAAUUAAAGAAGAAAUGAAAGAGGUUGAAGAGAAGAUGAAAAUUCGAAGGGAAGAGAUGGAGAAAUUAAGGCAACCAAAAAUAGAUGCUGAACAGAGACAUGAAGAGCUGAAGUUGAAAUAUAAUCACAUGUCAGAAAUACUAGAAUCUGUCAGAGGAGAACGAAACAGGGCUGCUUUAGAAUUGGACACCCAACACCAAUCCAUGGUGCAUUAUGAAAAUAGGCUCAAACAACACCUAGAUUCCCUCCAAAUGAAAAAAGAAGAGCUGGCCAUGAAAGAAAGAGACCUGGAGAGGGAGACUGCUCAGGCCAAAUAUAUUUGCCCAGAGCGUAAAGAAGUUACACACACUGCUGCUGCUCUUGACAGAGAAAUUAAUCUCUUAAGACAGAGGAUUCAAUCUGAAAACUACACUCACAGGAGCCGAGAAGAUAUAAUGAGACAGUACCAAGAAGCAAAAGAAAGAUAUCUGGACCUAGAUAAUAAAGUGAAGAAUUUGAAAAAGCUGAUUAAAACCAUGGAGGACAUAUCAAAACAGAGAUAUGAAGCAUACCAGAAACGCAGAAGGAAUCUUUCUAUACAAGGUAAAUUGUACUUUGACAGCUUACUAUCUCAGUGGUCCUUCCACGGGGAGAUUCACUUUGAUCACACCAAUGAGACGCUUUCUGUUAUGUUCAAUCGUGGAGAUUCUGCUUUCAAUGACUUGCGAACCUCAGCAGGAGAACGACAUUACUUUUCAAACUUCUUGCUCAUUGUCACUCUGUGGUCCAUCACAGAAUCUCCCUUCAGAUGCCUGGACACAUUUGAUAUCUGCCUGGACAGUGACCAUAGAAAAAUUGCCAUGGACAUGAUCCUGAGGAUAGCUCAUUCCCAGGAACACCUGCAGUUCAUCUUGAUCACUCCACAAUAUAUGAAUUCUAUUCUCCCGAAUUCGCUAAUUGAAAUACUCCACAUUCCAGAUCCUGAAAGAGAUGGGGCAACCCAGUCUUCCAAAGCAGUCAGUGCAGAAGAAGAAGAUUAAAAUUUUAAUUUAAUGUGAUUGUGCUGUCUGCUCAUUGUGGUGUUUUAUAUUUUUUUUCUCAAAGUGUCUGCAGUGUAGUGUGAAAAAUCUCCCUACUUUCAAGAAAUAAUGUUUAAUAAUUAUAAGUAUUUUAGAGAGGCAGUCAAAGAUGAUGGAGUAACAAGAAGAAAUACAGCAUAACUCCUCCACCAGGACUCCUCCACAAAGAUCUAGAAAAUCCACCAAACCAAAUUCUGACCAGGAAAUCCAAGAAAAAGUCACCAGCACUGGGCAGCUGAAGAAGAAAGAGAUCUAUGGACAUUGGGGAUGGGGACUUUCCAGGAGCAUUUACAGCACCCAGGGACUGAAAGAAACUUGAGACUGGGCACCUGGGCAGGAAGCACCAGGUGAAAUGAGAAUAAGUUUGUUGCCCGUGACAUAACUGACUCCAUUUUUUAUUGAUAUAAUGUUUUGUGUUGAAGUGGUUUGGUGUUUGUUUUUCAUAACUUGUUUUUUCAAUAUUAAAUAAGUUUAUGUGUAGUAUAGGUUGUUAAACAAUGUUUGUGUUUAUAAACAACUGAUAAAACAUAUGGGAUGCCCAUAUAUGACAACCCACCAAUGGGGAAAUUUUAUAAGCAACCUCACCAUUAACUUAUGUCAUAAGGUAUCAAUGAAAUCAAUUGAUAAACAAAUUACUUCACCAGCCACCAAACUUGGGUCAAACCAGCUAAAAGUCCGUAGUUAGACCUAUGAGAACCCACUGGAGGCCCCAAGUCUUCAGCCUGCUCUUGAGUUGAGACUGAGCCUGGCUCCUGAGAGCCAACUUGAGACUCAGACACCCACAUCUUGUUUGCUUGAAAACAUUGCUAAUUGACUGACAGGGAUUUGCAGACUUGCCAGCCAACCACCACAUCCGGAGACAGACAACUUCCAGCUGGGCUGUGAGAAGGAACUUUUUCAUUGAAUACCAGUUCGAGACAUACUAAGUGGCAAGCCCUAAAAAAUCAACUGUGUAUGUGCUGUGAUUUCAUCAUUGGUGCCUUCGUGACUCUACUGCUGCUCAUCCUUGCAUAUCUCAUCACAUACCCUAUCCUGUGUAUCACCUCAGAGAACCUUCUUGCAGCCCUUUGCAACUAAGAAUGACUUUACCUUCUGGUUGGUUGUUCAGUAUCCAGCUGUUACUGUAAAUCACAGAUGUGAAAGCAGGAUACAAAAAUACAAACAUUGCCAAUAUGAGAGUGGGAUCUGCUACCUACUUAGACACCCCAUUGGAAGUAAAGGGGUUACAACCUUUUGAUUUGCCAGAGACACAAGAAAACCUCACCCUGAUUGCUUAUGCAUCACUGAGAGGUUAUACAGGCAAUCAUAGACUUUAGCCAUGCCUGGCCUGGAAAACAAAUAAUGAUGGACAUGAUAGUGAUCACCAGACAGAAAAUCACAGGGCAUUGGCUUGAAAUGAGAAGAAAUUAAGAGGCCUUGUAACAUGUUCUCAUAUAGCAAUUCCUGAUUUGAUCUUCAGAGGACUUGCCAUGAGAAAACAUACGACAAAUGGAAAGACCUAUUGUCACUGUAUUAAGAACAUAUCUUAAAAUGUGUUAAUGCUAAAUGUAAUACUGAUACUUGUGUGUCCCAUAUGUUCUAACUCUAAGUGAUAUAAACAUUGAGUGUUUGGAAUUGCUAUUUGUUUUAUAUUAGUAGUAAUUACAAUAUUAUUUCUAGACCAUCCUAGAUGGCUGCUGGGAUAGCCAGCAGCCAGAGGUUGGAAUGUAGUGAGAAUACUUGUUAUCUUGAUAUAAUUAACUCCAUUUUUUAUUAGGCUGCCAUUUUGUGAAGAUGUGUUCUUAUGUUUCUUUUUUGUAGCUUCUCUUUCAAUAUUAAGAUAAACAUAUUGUGGUACAAGUUGGUAACAACAUGUGUGUGUUCAUAAACAACUGAUAAAUAUAUGUGACCCCCAUUUAGGACAGAACAUCAAUGGAAAAAUUUGGUAAACAACCUCACCAUUAGCUUGUGUCAUCAGAUAUCAAUCUGUAGAAAAGGGAAGAAUUCAUGACCAGACCAGAGAUAGAGUAGAUCAUGGGAGGUAAAGUGCAUAGUUAAAUGCAUUUACAUUAAGUUAAAGACUGAUGUAGCCAAAAUUAGAAGGAAAGCAGGAAACUGGGAAAAUAUUUCACAGCAAAUUUCUCUGAUAAAUUUUCAUUUCUUAAAUAUAUAAAAAAUGAAGUGAAAUCUGUAAAAAAUAAAAGCCAUUCCCUAAUUGAUAAAAUUGUCAAAGGUUAUAAACAAGGAAUUUUUAGGGAAAAAAUCAGUGCUAUCAAUAAUUAUGAAAAAAUGCUCUACAUCCUUAAUAAUUGGAGAAAUGCAAAUUAAAACAAAUCUGAGGCACUCUCACACCCAUCACAGUGACUAGUAUAAUAGAAAGUGGAAAUGACAUGCUAAAGGGGAAUGUGAGAAAAUAAGGACACUAGUGCACUGUUGAUAGUUAUAAAUGGCCCGGCCAUUCUAUAAAAUGUUUUGGAAUUGUGCCCAUAUGGCUAUAAAAUUAUGCAUAGCCUUUGAUCUAGCAAUGCCACUACUAGGUCUAUACCCCAAGAGAUCAAAGAAAAAGUCAAAAGACCAAUAAUUAUGUGCCAAAAUAGAGCAGUUGUCGUGGCAAAAAAAUUUGAAAUAUCGAGCUGUCCAUCAAUUGGGGAAUGGCAGAACAAAUUAUAUACGAUUGUGAUGAAAUGCUAUUGUACUGUAAGGAAUGAUGAAGGGGAUUGUUUCUGAAAAACUUUUAUGUCCUGAUGCAAAGCGAAGUGACAUCGGAGGAGAACAUUGUUCACAAGAACAUUGUAAUAAUAACCCAAUGUGAAAGACUUAGCUACUCUUAUCAAGACAACGACCCAAGACAAUUCCAAAGGACUCGCGAUGAAAAAUGUAAUCCACUUCCAGAGAACCGAUAAACUGAGUGCAGAUUGAAACAUAUUUUUUCACUAUUUUUUCUCUUUUCUUCAACAUGACUAAUGUGGAGCUAUGUUUUUUGCAUGACUUCAUAUGUAUAAUGAGGCAACUCGAUGGGUGGGGGAGGGGGUGGAGGGAGAAAGAGUUGGGGACUGAAGAAAAAAAAUUUAGGAAAAAUAGUAAUGUUUGCAUGCUGUUAGUGAAUAAAGUUUAAUUGUUAGCAUCAAAAA